UCACCUAUGGAAUGCACUCAGGUCUUUAUCUGGAUCAUCAGCUAAUCACACCCGGGAAACAGCCGCGACAUGCAAGAGUAGGAAUCAAGGAUUUUUGGUAGAAAUAUGCAGACACGAGCGCAGAAGCAGAACGCGUCAAGAAAAGGAGUAAGUGACUGUGAGAACAAAAAGAGUACACAUAUUUCCAAUGAGGAACCUGUUGAUCAGAAAGAUAUCCAGCUCCCACAGACACCAAUUAAAAGGAAGAGCAAAGAAUUUAAACUAUCAUCAUUAGUUAAUGGUCGCAGGUGCAAGGAAGACCCACACCUUGAUGGUAUAAAUAGAAAUGCUGAGAGCAGUAAGAUCAAUAGUGUCAAAUGUUCUGCAAAACAUGCUGGUAACAUCCUACCUAAAAGCCUUUACAGUGGGAAGGCCAGAGGUGGUGGAAAAAAGAGGCAGCCCAGGUUGACUGAUCAGUGGACGGAAGGUAAAUAUCCAUGUAAAGAAUGUGGCAUGGUUCUAGAGAGCAGAAUGGACCUUGUGAAUCAUUUCCAGGUGGCACAUCAUCAUUCGCGUCCAUUCAAGUGCCAUGUAUGUAGCAUGUGCUUCGUUGCACCAGCCAAACUGAAAUGUCACAUGCGCUCCCACUCCGGGGAGCGUCCUUACACCUGUGACAUCUGUAAUAAAUCUUUUACCCAGAAGGGCUCUCUGAACAUCCAUAUGAUACGGCACAGUGGUGUGAAAGCAUAUAAAUGUGAAGAAUGUGGCCGCAAGUUUGCCAGAUGCGCUGACUUGAAUUCACACAAAAAAACUCACUCCGAGGAGAAACAGCACAGCUGCACCGAAUGUGGUAAAAAAUUCAGACGAGGAGAACAUUUGCGCCAGCAUUUACUAAUACAUACUGGAGAGUUGCCAUAUUCCUGUACACAUUGUGAUAAAAAGUUUCGUAUUCUUAGUAACCUUGCUGUUCAUCGCCGCAUACACACAGGAGAAAAACCUUGCAAAUGUCCUAAAUGUGGAGUACGCUUUAGACAGUGGAACGCCUUGAAAGGACAUCUUGAAAGUGCACACUCAGGUCAACGGCCUUACUCUUGUGAACGAUGCAGUAGCAGCUUUUCACGUUUGAAUUAUCUUCGUAAUCACAUGAUUACACACACCAAUAGCAGACUGUUUGUCUGUGAGCAGUGUGGUCAUAUUUUCAAAAAUCAGAGUAAUUUGGAUGUCCACCGAACUGUUCACUCUGAUGACAGGCCAUUUAAAUGCUCACUGUGUGACAAGAGCUUUAAACGGACUCAAGGUCUGAAAACACACAGGCUAGUUCACACUGUUGAGCGUCCACAUAAGUGUGUGAUCUGCAACAAAACAUACCGCAGCACGACAGGAUUGCGUGUACAUAUGUUUAGUCACACAGGUGCACGUCCAUAUACUUGCAAAGAGUGCAAAAAGAGCUUUAGAGAUCCUAGUUCCAUGAGAAGACAUGCCAUAACACACACUGGGGAAAAACCUUAUAAAUGUAAGCUUUGCCCCAAGAAAUAUUCCCAGCUUUCAGGCUACAAAGCUCACAUGCGUGUGCACACUGGCGAAAAGCCGUAUACGUGCACCUAUUGCUCCAAGACUUUCCGCUAUCCAAACAGUUUGAAAGCCCACAUUUUACUCCACACAGGACAGGCUCCUUUUCCAUGCCCAGAGUGUGGAAAACUAUUUAAGCAAACUAAUAGCUUAAAAACACACAUGAAAACAUUUGGCCACAGUGACAAAAGGAAAUCAGAUACCAAUAAAGUGAAGAGAAAAAAGUGACUCGUAUACUAAGUAUAAGAGGGUUUUGCUGUAUCCAGUCUCUAACAUCUUUUACCACAGUGAGUGCAGACGCCACUGAUUAAACAACCAAAGAUGAAAAACUGAAUUGUAAGCAUGCGAUAAUAAGAAGUUAUUAAUAUACACAUAUACACUCACCUAAAGGAUUAUUAGGAACACCUGUUCAAUUUCUCAUUAAUGCAAUUAUCUAAUCAACCAAUCACAUGGCAGUUGCUUCAAUGCAUUUAGGGGUGUGGUCCUGGCCAAGACAAUCUCCUGAACUCCAAACUGAAUGUCAGAAUGGGAAAGAAAGGUGAUUUAAGCAAUUUUGAGCGUGGCAUGGUUGUUGGUGCCAGACGGGCCGGUCUGAGUAUUUCACAAUCUGCUCAGUUACUGGGAUUUUCACGCACAAACAUUUCUAGGGUCUACAAAGAAUGGUGUGAAAAGGGAAAAACAUCCAGUAUGCGGCAGUCCUGUGGGCGAAAAUGCCUUGUUGAUGCUAGAGGUCAGAGGAGAAUGGGCCGACUGAUUCAAGCUGAUAGAAGAGCAACUUUGCCUGAAAUAACCACUCGUUACAACCGAGGUAUGCAGCAAAGCAUUUGUGAAGCCACAACACGCACAACCUUGAGGCGGAUGGGCUACACCAGCAGAAGACCCCACCGGGUACCACUCAUCUCCACUACAAAUAGGAAAAAGAGGCUACAAUUUGCAAGAGCUCACCAAAUUUGGACAGUUGAAGACUGGAAAAAUGUUGCCUGGUCUGAUGAGUCUCGAUUUCUGUUGAGACAUUCAGAUGGUAGAGUCAGAAUUUGGCGUAAACAGAAUGAGAACAUGGAUCCAUCAUGCCUUGUUACCACUGUGCAGGCUGGUGGUGGUGGUGUAAUGGUGUGGGGGAUGUUUUCUUGGCACACUUUAGGCCCCUUAGUGCCAAUUGGGCAUCGUUUAAAUGCCACGGCCUACCUGAGCAUUGUUUCUGACCAUGUCCAUCCCUUUAUGGCCACCAUGUACCCAUCCUCUGAUGGCUACUUCCAGCAGGAUAAUCACAAGUCACAAUGUCACAAGUCUUGACCAUGUCACAAAGCUCGAAUCAUUUCAAAUUGGUUUCUUGAACAUGACAAUGAGUUCACUGUACUAAAAUGGCCCCCACAGUCACCAGAUCUCAACCCAAUAUAGCAUCUUUGGGAUGUGGUGGAACGGGAGCUUAGUGCUCUGGAUGUGCAUCCCACAAAUCUCCAUCAACUGCAAGAUGCUAUCCUAUCAAUAUGGGCCAACAUUUCUAAAGAAUGCUUUCAGCACCUUGUUGAAUCAAUGCCACGUAGAAUUAAGGCAGUUCUGAAGGCGAAAGGGGGUCAAACACAGUAUUAGUAUGGUGUUCCUAAUAAUCCUUUAGGUGAGAGUAUGUUGCACAUAGCCUAUAUAUACAAAUGAACCGGUGGGGGUUGUAGAGUUUCUUGUAAACAUGUUUAGUUCCCCCAAGAUUAAUACUAAUGUUGUUGAUGCCUGGGAAGCAAACAUAACAUAUACAGUUGGCAGUUUAAAAAUGAAAUCUUAAAGUUAAAGGUAUGUUCAUUUUUUACUGAAUAUUGUCCUUUAGUCUUCAUAGGUGAAGAUAAGAUAUAUCUUGGAUGUUUCUGCCGAAGCUUUAAUUAUUAAUUUGCAAAUCUCAUUGAAAUCCAAACCAGAAUCAAUAAUAUUAAUAAAAAAAAAACUUUAUAAAAUGCACUGUCUAGCUUUUUACGUAUUUAUGUAAAUUAACAGUAAAUAUGUACAUCUUGUGUUUGUUUAGAUAUAUAUUCAAUCUGAUUGUUUUGUAUUGUAUCUCCACACCUCCCAUUUGUUUUAGUGAUGACUGGGGGUUUCUUUGGUUCAUCAGUUUCACAAUG